AUGAAGUCGCCCGACCUCCUCCGCCCCUGCCGCUGGCUCGUGGCCACGCGCAGCCGCCGCCGCGCCCUCGUCCGCGUCGGCCUCGUCGUCGUCCUCGUCCCGCUCCUCCUGCAGCUCGUCCUCGCCUACCUGCUCGGCGGCGACGCCCGCCUACUGCCGCCCGAGCUGCUGCGCGCCAAGAACCUGCUGCUCGUCACCGCCCACCCCGACGACGAGUGCCUCUUCUUCGCCCCAAGCGUCCUCGGCGUCCUCGACCGGAACCACGCCGUCAAGGGCUCUUUGCUGGUCAUGUCCACGGGAAACAACUACGGCAUCGGCGAGAAGCGCAAGCAGGAGCUCAAGGGGUCCUGCCAGGCUCUUGGCAUCGACGCAACGCGCUGCGAGGCCCUCGACCACCCGGACCUGCAGGACAACCCCAAGGUCUGGUGGGACACGUCGAUUAUCCAGCCGAUCCUCAAGGAUUAUGUCCACAAGUGGGACAUUGACGCCAUCAUCACAUUUGACGAGGGUGGCGUGUCCGGACACAUCAACCACCGCGCCGUGAGCGCGGCCGUGAGCGAGUACGUCGUCAACGAUGGCAAGGCGCCGCCCGCUUACAAGCUCGUCACCACCGGCGUGCUGCGCAAGUACACCGUCCUGCUGGACCUGCCGCUGACGGCGCUGUCUUUUACCUGGCGCAUCGUCGCGGCCGCCUGCUUCCCGUCGGCGACGGCCGACCCCAAGUACAGCACCAAGGCGCUCGUCGCCAACACGUGGCACCGGUACCAGCGCACGCGCGGCGCCUUUGCGAGCCACGACAGCCAAUACUCGUGGGACCGGCACCUGUACAUGGUCCUGAGCCGGUACGUGUGGUUCAACGACCUGAAGAGGAUACCAGGGCGGGGGACUACGUCGUGA